AUGGCAGAAGAAAAUCAGACUCUGGUGACAGUGUUUGUUCUCACAGGACUUACAGAUCAUCCAGAGCUGCAAGUGCCCCUGUUCCUGGUUUUCCUUAUCAUCUAUCUCAUCACCAUGGUGGGUAACCUUGGACUCAUUGCUCUCAUCUGGAAAGAGCCCCACCUUCACUCCCCCAUGUACUUAUUCCUCAGUAGUUUAGCCUUUGCAGAUGCAUGUACUUCAUCCUCUGUGACUCCCAAGAUGCUUGUCAAUUUUUUAUCUAAAAAUCAUGAGAUAUCCCUGGUUGAGUGCUUUACCCAAUUUUAUUUUUUUUGUUACAGUGCAACAACAGAAUGUUUCCUCCUGGUAGUGAUGGCCUAUGACCGCUAUGUAGCCAUAUGUAAUCCCUUGCUUUAUCCAGUGGUGAUGUCCAACAGACUUUGUUCUCAGUUUAUAGGCAUUGCAUAUUGUGUUGGUAUUCUGAAUUCAACAGUUCAUGUGGGUUUGUUAUUUAGAUUAACCUUUUGCAGGCCCAAUAUAAUACAUUAUUUCUACUGUGAAAUUGUACAGGUAUUCAAAAUUUCUUGCACAGAUACUACAAUUAAUAUGCUUGUGGUUCUCAUAUUUUCAAUCUUUAUACAAGCCUUCACCUUUAUGAACAUUGUAGUCUCUUAUACCCAUGUCUUGUUUGCAAUCCUGAAACAGAAGUCUGAGAAGGGCAGAAGCAAAGCCUUCUCCACCUGUAGUGCUCAUCUGCUCUCUGUCUCUUUGUUCUAUGGAAAUCUCUUCCUUAUUUACAUUCAUCCUGAGUCUGGACCAGCUGAAGAUAAGGAAAAACUGUAUUCUUUAUUUUACACAAUAAUAAUUCCCUUGCUAAAUCCUUUUAUUUAUAGCUUGAGGAACAAAGAGGUUAUAGGUGCCUUGAGAAGAAUACUGAAGAAAUAA